AUGUUUACGCCGUUCACCGCGCCCACUCCACCGCCCGGCCGGUUAGCCACCCUCUCAGGUCGGCCUCGUCCCCAGCGGCUAGGUUUUACUGUCGUCUGUGAUCAGAUCUCUUCUCCAGCGGCCCACCAUGACUCCCAGAGCAACCUCCGCAGCAGAAAGGAAGGAGCGCUGCAGAAGAUCGGAGACUUCCUGCAGAGCUCCCCCACGCUGCUCGGCACUAAAGCCAAGAAGAUGAUGAGUCUGGUGAGCGGUCGGGGUGAUGCUGACUCAGCAGCCUCCUCUUCCUCCCUCAGUCUGAGAGCAAAGAAGACCAAAAAGAAACUCUUCAGGCCUGAAAUCUCCUCCCCCAUGGACAUGCCCUCACACCCAAUGAUCAGCAGAGAGCCGGAGGAGAAGGCGAGCGACCAUCAGGUCCUUAAGAGGCGUCUUCGCUCCAGGAUGGUUAAAUAAUCAUCAUUGUUUUUUUGUAAACACUUUCUUAACUAAAUGAAGGAAGCAUUUAGCUGCUUAUAAGUCUUGUUCUGUGUCACGGUGGUUGAAAAAUCCCCAAACUUAACUUAGUUGUGUUAUUUAAUCUAAAAAUCUAUUUUAUGAGUAAAAUACUAUAAUUUCAGAAUAUAGCAAAGUCACUAAUAUACAGCUGGUUGUGUGGAAAGAUGGCAGUUAAUGUUUAACAUUUUGGACAAGUACAGUUGUGUAUAUGUGGGCUCAGUGCGGAGCUGCAUCCAAGAGGCCUUCAGCUGAGUUCAGCAUAAAGACUGGAAGCAGUUAGCUAAAGAGCUGCCUCUCUAAAGCUCACUAGCAUGUUGUAUUUGUGUUUGCUUAAUUAAUCUAUCCACAAACACAGAUGGAACAACAGUUGGUGGUUUUAGGGGGAGGUACACGCUGAAACUAUAUCAUGCAACAGUUGAUCCAGUAUCUGAGCCAGGCUAGCCGUUGCCCGUUGCUUCCAGUCUUAAUGCACAAACAUGAGUGGUAUCGAUCUUCUCCCACAAUGUUGAACCAUUCCUUCCCCAUACUGCUAAAUAAUUGAAUUAACUUGUGUCUGGUAGAUGCUAUUUUGUCCACAUUUACCAUCAAAUGACUCCAGAGUCACGACGUAUACUCCGUUAGAUAGUAAGCACUCUACAUGUGUGUAUCUUCCACACUUCAGACACAAUAUGCUGCUGUUUUUUUCUUUAUUCUGAUGUGCAAUUGUUUAUAUUUGUUUAUUUGAUGCGAGUAAGCUAAAACAGUUAGUCAUUUGACUAACUGUUUUAGUCAUUCUGAAAGUGAUCAACAAAGCUGCUAAAUGUCUUACAUUGUUCUCAGCAACUUAAUGGUUCAGAUGUUUGAUGUCUCUGCCGUUUACUUUGUGUUCAGCUGUGAAACCUCUUCUCACUAAAGUCCUCCUGUGCACCUUUCUGUAUUGUCACUACAUACUUCUGUCAUUCCAUAAUGUUUUAUACCUUUGUUCUACAGGUCUUAUUGGUCAUUUCCCAAAUAAAAAUACAA